UGUCCAGCUUGACUGAGCUCUCAGCAGGCAGGUCCCUCCAUCAGCCCGACCAAGAUGACAGAGAUGGGCCCGGCGGUGCGCUUCUCGUUGCUCGGCCUGCUGCUGUGGCUGCAGCUCGGCACAGCUCCAGCCCGCAGCCCCCGGACCGCGGACCAGGUGUCUGAGGCCGACAUCCAGCGCCUCCUGCACGGCGUCAUGGAGCAGCUGGGCAUCGCUCGGCCCAGGGUGGAGUAUCCGGCACACCAGGCCACCAACAUAGUGGGGCCUCAGAGCAUACAGGGUGGUGCUCAUGAAGGGCUGCAGCAUCUCGGGCCCUAUGGGAACAUCCCCAACAUUGUGGCUGAGCUGACGGGAGACAACGUCCCCAAAGACUUGAGUGAUGACCAUGGAUACCCAGACCCUCCAAACCCCUGCCCCCUGGGAAAGACAGCAGCAGAUGGUUGUUUGGAAAAUGCUCCUGACACAGCUGAGUUCAGCAGAGAGUUUCAGAAACACCAGCACCUGUUUGACCCAGAGCAUGACUACCCAGCCCUGGCAAAGUGGAACAAGGAACGUCUGUACCAAAAGCUGAAGGCAGGACCAAAAAGAAGAAAAAGGAGUGUCAACCCAUAUUUAAUGGGCCAGAGGCUGGACAAUGUGGUCGCCAAGAAAUCUGUUCCUCACUUCUCAGAGGAAGAGGAGGAGGAAGCACCGACUGUCCCAGCUGCCAGCCAACCCAUGACCUAAACUCCUGCAACACACACUGUAAUAUCCAAGUACAUUCUCAGAAAAGAGUUUUUAACACUGCACAUUUAAGCAUUUUGGUUUACAAUUGAUGGGACUGUGACCUCAGUGCAAGUAUUGUAUUUGUAAAUGCUUUGUUUUAUUGUAUCACAAGCAUAUUAGUUGGCCCAGAUCCUUGGUUCCCAAUUAGACACAACAUGCUUUCUAUGUGCUCUUGCUGUUAGGAUUAUUUUAACACAUAGCAUCACAAUCUAAGAACGUGGUCCUGGAAACACAACUUUAGGGUGACUUUUUUUUUUUAAACAUUUAAACUGAGGGGCCUUUUUACUUCUUAAGCUCGAAGCUUUGCAAACAGCAAGCACUUUGGAGUUGAGAUUUCUUUUGACAGAUGCUGUUUUGAAGGUUAAGAAAACAACUGAAAGCUCCAAAAUCAAAUUGAUUGCCUUCAGUAUCUAAUUAGAAUUCAAAUCUAUCCCAUUUAGUUCAUUGUUUUUUUUUUUUGUUGUUGUUUUUUUCACACCAACUCCAUAUGUUUUCUGAUUUUGAGACAAAACACCCAAAAUACUAGAAUAUAUGGUGUUAAAUACUUAACUGGCAGUGUAUGGUUUAUCAGCAGCUGUAAAUUUAAUAAGAAGUUGUACAAAGAUUGAAGAAUGUUGAAUCAGAACAUUAUUAUUCACAACUGUACAGAGAUCAGUUUAGUCACUGUUUAAUUUUUGUAUGUGACAAUAUGUAUCACUUCUGUGUCUUGAAUCAAAGAUUUAAUUCUGUUUAUAUCCUUAAACAUAAUCAUAUAUAGAAGUAAGUUUUGCUUUGUCAUUAAAGGUGGGAUUGUGAACUACUCCACAGUAGCAUGGCAAAUAUUUUAGAGCUUAUUCUGACUAGUAUCUGUUCACCCUGUUGCAGUCCUGUGAGUCUCUUCAGGCAGCACUGACUCUAUCUUGGGUUACCUCAUCUUGUCAAAAAUGGCUGUGUUCUGUUUUUGUUCUGUAAAGCCAA